AUGGCCGCUGCGUCCGGCUCCAACGCCCCCAUCAUAAACGACGCCCUCGUCGCCUGGCCCCCUCCCCCCUCCAGAUCCCGAUUCGCGUCCUCGGCCUCACCACCCCAGACGGCUCGCAACUCUCGGUUCAGCUUGGCAUCACCUCCCACCAACUCGUUCCCAAUCUUUUCCAGCAUACCACUGCCAGGUUAUGAGGAGGAGGAGGACCCAAAGGGCAAGGGGCGCGCCCUCAGCAUCGACGUCGAGUUAGACUACGACAGGCAGCCGCAGACAUUCGACUAUGGCGCGUCACGGCGGCCACUGACUCCCGCGCAGCUCGGCCGCAUCGCCCAGUCCUUUGGCAUCAUUGCGCCCAAUAGCCUCAGCGCAGCGGAUGUCGCCCCAUCACGCACGGCGCGAUCACGCUCCCCGAACCCGGGGCCCUCUCUCCUCUCGGUCCCGACGCAGAACCUCGUGGUGGUCAUGCCGCCACCGAGCCUUCUCCCUCCAGAUGACAGUUUGAGUCCGGUGGAACAACGCGAGCGCCAGAGGAGGUUCCAGCGGGGAAGGCUACUGCCGUUACAGCCAACCCUCGGGGCCAUGCUCGCGGCUAUCGCGCGCGAGUUUGGCCUUCCAUCCACUUUGGGCGUGUACGUCUACCUCGGCCCGAACUGUGGGAGAGGAAGGGAACGACUCCUUGGGUCAAGAAGCUCGGAAACCAGUGACGAUGAAGACUCCGGUCCCCUCGUCACGACAGCCACUUGGCCCCGCCUGUUUGCGCACGCCUCUCGACCCCCGUCCCCUGGAACGACGCACUCGGCAACGCCUCGCAAGCUCAAGCGCUCGUUCGGCAUGUCAACACCAACUCCAAUGACCGCCUCCCCAUUAACGGCAGUAGGCGGCAGCAUAGCGCGAGGGCCAUCACCAAGUUCUGAGACGCGGCAAGGAACCAUAGUCGAUGAGCCCUCACCCUUUCGCUCGUCGCAGGGGUCGUCAUCCGCCUCAUCCUUCUCCCCACGCACGCCGGGCUCGACCCUCUCCACCGUGUCAGCGAUGCCAGUAUUUGGGACGAUCGAGUUCGACAUCGACCCAAACGAAGCGCGCUGGCUCGGCGCAUGGCUCAAGGCUGGGGGACCCAUCCGCCGGCGCGCCGCAUCCGACACUGUCGCCGACCACCCCACGAUCGAACGGCGACUCAGCUCAACCGCUUCUCAAAGUAGCAGUCACGGCCCGGGGAGCUCGCUCAGGAUACGCAACCUCCAGCUCGUCGAGAGAUUGAAGGACGAGCGACCAAAGUUCCUCCGCGACAUGGAAGAGCGUGAACGGGCUCUUGAACGGGCGCGCGAAGCAGAGAGGGAGGCCAAGGAACUUGCCAUGCUUGCUGCACGACGCGCCUCUGAGAUGGAAGCCUUACGACGACAAGCGGAGGAGGCUCGAGCGGCUGAGGAAGCCAGACUCCGCGCCGAGAUGGAGGCCGAGGGGGAGGCGGAGGAGGAAAGGCGACGUGCCGAGAUGGAAGCGCAGGCGGCGGCCGAGGAGGAGCGUCGGCGAGCGGAAGCAGAAGCUCAGGCGGCGGCCGAGGAGGAGCGCCAACGCCUCGUCGAGGAGGAGGUGCAACGGCGGUUAGCGCAGGAGCUUGCCGUCGAGGCAGAGCGAAGGCGCGCGGUCGAGGAGAAGGCUGCUGAGGAGGAGCGCGAGAGGAGAGCAGCAGACCUGGCUGCCGAGGAGGAGCGGCGCAGGUUAGCGGUCGAGCACGCUGUGGAGGUCGAGCGGAAGAGGGCUGCGGAAGAGGCCACCACCGCUGCUGCUGCUGCCGCCGCCGCCGCUGCCCUUGCUGCUGCAGCUGUUGCCGCAGAGCAACGACGCCGCGAGCAAGCUGAGGCGGCAGCUGCUGGAGCAGAGGAACAACGUCGCCGCGCCGAGGCUGACGCUGCGACCGCCCUGGCCGAAGAACAACGACGCCGCGCCGAGGCCGAGGCUGCCGCCGCCGCAGCCGAGGAACAGCGCCGACGGGAAGAGGCAAAGGCCGCUGCUGCUGCCGAGGAAGAACGCCUUCGCAAGCUCGAGGAGGAACACGUCCGCGAGGAAGAGGAACAACGUCAGCGUGCGGAGGAGGAAAGGCUUCGCAAGUUGGAGGAAGCUCGUCUUCGCGAGGAGGAGGAAGCCCGUCUCCGCGAGGAGGAGGAAGCUCGUCUCCGCGAGGAGGAGGAAGCUCGUCUCCGCGAGGAGGAGGAAGCCCGUCUCCGCGAGGAGGAGGAAGCCCGUCUCCGCGAGGAGGAGGAAGCCCGUCUCCGCGAGGAGGAGGAAGCCCGUCUCCGCGAGGAGGAGGAAGCUCGUCUCCGCGAGGAGGAGGAAGCUCGUCUCCGCGAGGAGGAGGAAGCUCGCCUCCGCGAGGAAGAGGAAGCUCGCCUCCGUGAACAGAAGGAGGAACGCCCCCGCGAGCUGGAACACUCGACACCGUCCGCCUCGCCCGAGCCCAUGUACGCGCAGCUGGACGACGACGACGACGAGUCACAUUACAGCCACUCUACCAGCCAGAACCACGCGAAUGUGAUCUCUCCGCUGACUGCGAUGCGCUCCCUUCCAACAGACGACCCGAUGGACGACCUCGCAGCACUGCACGCCGACCGCGCACCACGCGAAGGCCCGUUGACCGAGCUGGACAUUGGCACAGCCCGUGCGCUGAACGGUCCUCUCCCGCUCGACAAGCUACCAGAGUCGUCUUCGGAGGACAGCUUACGUGAGGUGGCUGCAUUGCUCAACGUCGUCGACGCCAACCCCGAGGUCCUCUCCGACCCCACCCUCGCCUCGCCGAAGCCGCCUGCCACCGAGAUUCUUGCCAGUCCUGAGCAGUCGACUUCAUCGCUCCCGCCGACGAAAAGUCUGUUGGCCAGUCCCUUCGUUGAGGACAAGGAAUCGCGCCUCGCCUCGCCCGUCAAUUUCCCAGCGCGCGGUUCAUCACGCGCCCUCGCCGACUUCCCCGUCAGCCCAGUCGACUCGUCCAUGGGAGUCUCACCCUCGCCAUCAACGCCGGUCAUCAACUCUCCAGCACUAGUCCACCUCCGCGGCGCGGCAACAAACAUCGACCAGCGUGGCUCAGGUCAGGUUAUGGAAGACCAGCUGAACAAUCUCGAGAGAAUGAUGCGCGACCUUUCGCCUAGAGACAUACAGUACAACCAGCAGUGGCCCUCGCCGCCGACAACGUCUCCACCACCGGCUGUGCCACCGAAGAGCCCACCGACGUGGGUUAACGAUCUUCCGCCGCGCGGUUCGUCGAGGCUCCCAUAUCUGCAGGAGGACGGAUCGAACGCUGGCCCGAGCUCGCGUUCGGUUUCGGAGCCCACCAAGAGUCCACCUCCAAUCCCUAACCGUGAGCCCCCCGCUCGACCAGGGCAUGCUCAGCGCCCAUCCGCCGCGCUCUCAGCUGGCGGAUCCCCCGUCGUAAUCGCCACCACGCUUGACCCACUCAGCCGCUUCCCUGGUGGCGGUUUACCCGAGGCACCGUCCAUCCCCUCCAGUUCUGCAGCUGCGCCUCCGCGUCCCGCCCGCCCACCAACGCCUGACCUUACUGGCAUCGACAUUGGGCCGCACCACCUACCGCAGAGCAUGACGAUCCGGGUGGAGAAGGGCUCAUCACCUCGGGAGGCUCCAUCGCGCCCGCAGCGGCCAAGCUCAAUCUCGCUGCGCGGCAUCAAGCGGCAAGUCAGCAAGUCUGUACUCCGGCCACAGAAGACAGGAUCCGGCACGCAUGACCCUGUGGGCCUGUUCCCUCGUCAGGCUGGCGACCACCCGCCUCCGUCGUCGUUUGCGUCGAUGCGCAAUGACGGGUUCCAUGGCCGCGAGGCCAGUAGCGCCAGUACGGACAGCGAAGAGGGCUCGCUCCGCUCACGACUGUUCAGCUUCGCUGGGCGACGAAAACGCGAGAGCGCAGAGGAACGCACGAUUAGCCACAUCUCGGGCCCAAUCUCUGCGUCCCACAAACACAUCACGCCCGCUGAGCUCAUCGCGCAGGCGCCGCCGUCCGUCCUCACCGCCGCAAUGCCCACCCUCGCGGCGACACCGUCCGCCACGUCUCUUAACGAGCGGCCCGACUCGCUCAACUCGCCGAGCUCACCGCACCAUGUACGCCGCAAGCCCGUGCCCUCCAUUGAGGGCAAGGAGAGUCGCAACAGCGCGCAUGGCAGCGACCUCGAGCAGGUCCCCUCUCUUCCCUCCCUACCCGCCACACACACUACCCUCUCUUGA